UUGAAGUGACGUCAUGUUCGUGUUGGGGGGGGGGGGGUUGAUCGCAGGACAUAGUGCGAUGAGAUGAUGGCGGCAUUGCGAUGGUGUUUUUCCUGCUUCAUGAGCGAUGGUUCGGCUCACAUCCCCCUCAAGGAGAUGCCCGUGGUGCAGCUCGACACGCAGAACAUGGGCUGUGACGUGGUGGUGGUCAAGAGUGGCCGCAGGAUUUGCGGAACUGGAGCAUGCCUCGCCAACGCUCCCCUGCACCAGAACAAAAGCUACUUUGAGUUCAAGGUGCAGUCCACAGGCGUGUGGGGCGUUGGCGUGGCCACGCGCAAGGUGGACUUGAGCCGCGUGCCGUUGGGCGGUGACACGGAGAGCCUGGUGCUGAGGCACGACGGCACGCUGAGCCACCGCAGCGAGGAGUGCAACCGCCUGCCCGCCAACAGCCUGCCGCAGGAGGGCGAUGUUAUUGGCAUCACGUACGACCACGUGGAGAUGAGCGUCUAUGUCAACGGCAAGAACACGCACUGCAGCGCCUCUGGCAUCCGUGGGACGGUGUACCCCGUCGUCUACGUGGACGACAGUGCGAUCCUCGACUGCCAGUUCAGUGACUUCUAUCACUCUCCGCCCUUGGGAUUUGAGAAAAUCAUGUUCGAACAACAGAUCUUCUGAGAGUGUGGCGUUCACGCUGCAGCGCGAGUGUAAGUGGGUGUGUGAGCGCUUGCGUGCGCUCGUGUGUUUUUUUUGACGCACGCAUCUGUGUGUAUGUGUGUGCGUGUUUUAACCAAGCCAUUUUCUAGUGCUGUGCCCGACAAAAAUUUGUUACAAAAAAUUUACAGGAAUUAUAUGUAAUAACCGUGGUGAACCAUGGGUUCAGUUUGACGAAGCUAAUCAUCUCUGCCUCGCCUUAUCCCCCCAUGUUGAUCACGAAUUUGAGGUGGCUCUGUUUGUAAUACCUUGAAUGCGAAGACAGUAUCUCAUGUUAGGCGAUUUUUCUGGGCUUUUUGUUUAAAAGGCCAGCCGGGUUUAGUCCAGAAGCUGAAGGAGUUCGUGUUGCCGUCCAGUGGCGAGAGUUCUAUUCAGGCCACUGGCAUCGCAUUCCAGAUAUUAUACAUUAAAUCCACUUUUUGUCACCGACAAGAGAAUGAAAAACCACAGGCAAAGGGUUUUUUUGCGUGAAACUGGAGAUGGAGAGACGCCACUGGUGACGAUUCGGCUCGCUGCUUGAAUUAAUUAUGAAGAUCGCUUUGUGUUUUUUUAAGCCUUCGGUGUUUCUGCGCAAAGAUAUAUUGUACGUUGGUAAAUUGGCACCUUUGUUGAAUAUGUAACUUUCAUUGUACGAAUGCUUUCUUAUUUUCGUGAUAUUUGGUACAGAUUGCAGCCGGAUGUUACAUAUAAAUUCAGAGAUAAAGAAGACAUUAUUUAAUUGCUACAAGGCGUCCGAUUUUAAAUCGUGCUUAAUGAUAAAUACAGCUUCCGCUAAGUAUUUUUGAGGUCCCAUUACGUGUUUUUUCACGGUCCGCUCACACUUUGCCGUUUGCCGUCGUGUGCAUCGUGUUCGUCCCGUUUUACGAUGGGUUUUCUUGUUACAAAAAAAGACUGCACUGAAUGUUUUAUUCGAACAGUGACGCCUCGCCAAGACAAGUAUUCUCCAUGCCGUUGCAAAGACCUCUUGCUUUCAAAUCCUCGUGUCCGGCGUGUGUGCAUCAUCCUUCUUAAUCGCAACGGUAGAAAUAUCCUGCGUGUUUCAUUGAGGCAUUGGAAGAAUUUUACCAUCAGCCGCUAAAAAUCAUCGUCCAAUUUGUGAUUUGUCCACGUGUGCGUGCGUACGUAUGUCUGCCUGCCGAUGUCCUCAUAAUUGCAAACCUGUCAUCCCAUACGGUUUACCCGUAUUCUUGUACAGGAAAAUUGAGUUUUCAGGUCCAGAUGGCUGACAGCCGUUUUCAAUACAGGCAAAACAUUUUUUUGUCUUCGUUUGUGUCUCUUCCUUGUGAUGGGACUUUGUGAUAUGAACGUUGGGUGACCAACUAGGUUUGAAUUGGUCUCUAAUAAGGUGGGCACUGAUAAGGGGUUGACGGGUUUGUAAUUUUCAUCAUUUUGUUUAAUUUAUAAAGCACUUUGUACGAUACACUCAUCAACUUGCUGUGUGCUUUUCCAAACUUUCACCGAGUAAAGCUAAUGAAAUUGGUGGAGUUAUCUUAUUGUUAUAUUUCCCAGUCGUCGUUGUGUGUGUGCGGGGAAGGUCAUUGUGUGUCGGUCUCAUAGCCCAAACCCCACCUUUUGAGAACUCGGCCACAAUCGUUUUUUUAAAGUUAAAUCGCCAACAAAUAAAUAGUUCUACAAACUCGCCCGACAAUCCAGUAAACCCUUGUGGAUUCGACACGUGGGGCUCUUGCCUUGCCGAAUUGUCAAAUAUCCCGAAUUAUGUACAGUGGUAUUCCCCAGUGUCUCCUGCCACAAUACAUUUUUUUUUACAAAUUAGUUUUCCAAACUCUUCACACACCGUACGCAUUGACACACACCCUGCAUCAAUUCUAUCCAAAACUUCGGAUUUGUCUCGUAGACUAAAGGAUUCGUACUUCGGUCCCUUUCAAUGACUUGCUGACGAAGGUGUAGACGACGUUUCCGAGAGGGUUCGGCUUGCACAGAGCGCACAUAAACAACAAGGUGAAGUUCAAAGCGACGGUUCAGCACCGGCGCUCGCCACCGGAUCCGAGCGUCGUCGUUUUGGUCGCGACGCGCGGCGUCACAGUACGCGCUGGGCCGAAAUUGGACCAUCCGGUACGGCAAUUCGGCUCGCGGCGAAUUGCUAAUACACCGUACAUUUGCCGAACGCGCAGCCGUGCGGAAUUAUCACCCAAUUUACGAAUGAUCAAAUACCGCAAUAACGAGGUUUUACUGUAACCGCGAUUAUUCUGGUCUCCCCUUGAAAAGUUUGGGCUGUUGUCUGAAUAAAGGACCUCGCUAAAUGAA